UCCUGCUCCACUGAACCCAACCCUCCAGAGUCACUGGUUCCUGACUCUAACCACAGAGACAUGGACACCUGCAGUGAAAUACCCAGAUUUAACAUUGUAGUCAAGGAGGAGGAGGAAGACUGGGAUGUGGAUAAUAUUGGAGAGAAUCCUAACCCCAGCUCUGGCGAAGAGGCAUCAACAGAACAACACCAGGAGAAUCCUACGGCUAAGAAGCCUUGGCGAUGCCCCCAAUGUGAAAUAGAAAUCGCUCACCCAUCCAAUAUCAACAGACACCUAAGAACACACACAAAACCUGCUAAGGAGUCUUCCGUCUGUCCAGUAUGUGGAAAAGACUUUGUUCACCCCUCCAAACUGAAGAGACACCGCCGAACACAUACAGGAGAGAAGCCUUACCAGUGCUCUGUGUGCGGGAAGCGAUUCACACUGAAACCCCACCUGGAAAGACAUCAGAUGACCCACCCUGGAGGGAAGCAGCCAGACGCGACAAAGAAGCACCCGUGCUCCGAUUGUGGAAAGGAAUGUUUCUCUGCAUAUGAACUGAAGAUGCAUAUGAGAAAGCACACAGGGGAGAGACCUCACCAGUGCACCUACUGCGAGAUGAGCUUUGGCUGUAAGGGAACUCUAUCGAGACACGUACGACGCCAUACAGGAGCACCCACACCAAAACCUUACCAAUGCUCACAGUGUGGGAAGAGAUACGAGUCACCGUCGAGGCUCAGGCAGCAUCAGACUGUGCACACUGGAGAGAAACCUUACGAGUGCUCUGAUUGCGGGAGGGGUUUCGCUUCGACCGAAGGUCUUCGCAAACAUCAAUGCAGCCAUGCCAGUAACCAUAGCAACCAGUGUACACUGGGAAUUUCAGAAACGGCAUCAUCAGGCAGUCAAACUAUGAAUAUCAAGAUCAAAGACGAGGAACAGGAGCUGGCAAUUAAUGUCAAAGAGGAGGAGGAAAUUUGUGUUUUUGUCAAUGCUGAUAGAGAAACCUUACCGGUGUACCACCUGUAAAAAGAGCUUUGUUCACCCUAGCUCUCUAGCAAGACACUGAACCAAUCUCGUGGACAGGGAUCACAACAGCAGGUGUCUAUUCUAGUACCGGAUGUCAAGUGAAAGAGAAGAAGGAAGAUCCUGCUUUUGGAUUCUGCUGACCCAUCCAACCCCCCUCUCUCCUGCUCCACUGAACCCAACCCUCCAGAGUCAUUGGUUCCUGACUCUAACCACAGAGACAUGGACACCUGCAGUGAAAUACCCAGAUUUAACAUUGUAGUCAAGGAGGAGGAGGAAGACUGGGACAAUACUGAAGAGAGACCCGACCAGUGCUCUGAGAGUGAAGGGAGUCCCUCUGCAUCAGGACUACCUGAACAACACCAGGGGAAUCACACAGCUAAGAAGAUUCACUGCUGUUCAGUGUGUGGAAAAAACUGUCACAAGUUAUCAAAACUACAAAUACACAUGAGAA